GCAGGGUGAGCAGCCACCUAAGGCUGAGCAGGUGAGACCCAGUGCUGCUCCCAGCAGCUCAGUUCAGGUUAGCAGCGGUGGAGUCACUGCUGACUCUGGUCAGAGGACAGGUACUCUGAUGCCUGUGGUUCCAGUGAGAGUUGUGUCACCCUCAGGGAAGACAGUGGAAACUCUUGCCUUUUGUGAUAGUGGCAGCUCUGGAACUUUCAUGAGUAAGAGUCUGGCUGAUCAGCUUGGGAUGUGCUCAAAGUCCACUACCAUUUCUGUUGACACUGUGUGUGGAUCUGGGAGUGAGAUUUCCACAUCUGUGAUGGAGGAUGUGAAAGUUGGUCCCUUGAAGGGUGAAGGUCUGUUCUCGCUCCCUCCGGUGUUCACUCUUGACCGCAUUCCUGUGUCCACUGAGGAUGUGUGUGACAGAGUUGAGUUGAGUGCUUGGCCACACCUGUGUGGUGUGGAGCUGCCGGAGACUGAUGUUGAUCUGAGUGAGGUGGAUCUACUGAUUGGUGCAAACUGUCCACAGCUGUUGGUGCCGGAUGAGGUGAGGAAGCCUGAGGGUGACGGGCCGUGCGCUCUGCGCACCCGCCUCGGGUGGUACGUGAUUGGACCCUCCCAUCGGUCGGCUCGUGAUCCUGUGGGUCAGCACUCUGUGAACCGGAUCGGCGUUUCGCGUUCCGACAUUCCUGGUAAGGUCUCUGAGGCUGAUCUGUUCGUUCAGCUGUACGAUCAGGAUUUCAAGGACUCAGCUGAUGAGACUGAGAGUAUGUCCGUGGAGGACAAGGAGUGGGUGAGCAUGGUCAAAUCUAAGCUGAGGAAGGAUGAGAUGGGCCAUUUUGAGAUAGGUCUACCACUCCGUGAUGUCAGUGACUUGCCGGAUAGCUACUUCACAGCUAAAAGGCGCUUGGAGCCUCUCAGGCGACGCUUGUCUGGCAACCCCGAUCUUCGUGAUGAGUAUGCUUCUGUUGUUCAGCGACUGUUCGAUGAGGGCUAUGCUGAGGUGGUCCCCGACGCUGAGGUUGAAGCUGGGGAAAGGGUUUGGUAUUUGCCGCACCACGGUGUUAGGCAUCCAGAGAAGAAGAAACUAAGGGUGGUUUUUGAUUGUUCUGCAAAAACUGAUGGCCUGUGUCUGAACGAUCUGCUGAUCAAGGGACCCAACCUCACCAACUCACUUGUUGGGGUGUUGCUUCGAUUCCGCCUGAAUCCUGUGGCGUUCACGUGUGACGUGGAGUCGAUGUUUCACAGGGUUCGACUGCCUGCUGCUGAUGCGAACAUGCUGCGUUUCCUGUGGUUCAGGAACGGCGAUGUCGGCGGUGACGUGGUGGUCUGCCGCAUGAAAUCGCACAUCUUCGGCGCGGUGUCUUCUCCCAGCGUCGCAGGGUUUGCACUGAGGCAGUGCGCUGAAAAAGGUAAGGCCGAGCAUCCAUCCAGAGGCUGCUAGGAUUGUUGAUCAGAAUGUCUAUGUAGACGAUGCACUGGUAUCGGCUUCAUCAGUGGAUGGAUGAGGCUGUUCGUUUGGCCAGCGAUUUGAGACAGUUAUGUCAGACAGGCGCAUGUUCCGCGUGAGGACAGGGGCAACAACGCGAAGGAUCUUGACCUCCAGGUAGAGUCGUUGACGCCAGAGCGUGCUCUAGGCAUGCUGUGGUCGGUGGAUGAUGACACGUUCCGUUUCCGCUUCGUUGACAGGCGCAGACCAGUGACGAGACGAGGCAUCUUGUCCACAGUGAGUGCUUGUUCGACUCGCUGGGCAUCGUCUCGCCAGUCACCUUGCACGGCAAGGUCUCUGUCUAGAAGCUGUGCCUGAUGUCCUGUGGCAGGGAUGACGCCAUUCCGGCGCCAUUCCGGGUUUGGUGAGCUCUGUUCGGAUUUUGGUGAGCUCUACUCUGGGUUUUGGUGAGCUCGGCUGUUGGUUUGGUGAGCUCUACUCAGGGACUUGGUGAGCUCUGCUCAGGGUUUUGGUUUGGUGAGCUCUGCUCAGGGACUUGGUGAGCUCUGCUCAGGGUUUUGGUUUGGUGAGCUCUGCUCAGGGAUUUGGUGAGCUCUGUUUUGGUUUGGUGAGCUCGACUUGGAGACUUGGUGAGCUAGGCUCUGGGGUGAAGGCAUACCAGGUAGGUUUGCUGACGAGCAGUUCUCCACCCAGCAGUGGAGAAGGGUCCAGUACCUCGCUGACCAGUUUUGGCUCAGAUGGAGGCGCGAGUACUUGCCGAUCUUACAGCGGCGCCAGAGGUGGGUAUCUAAGUCUAGGAACGUAGAGCAAGGAGACGUCGUGUUACUGAUAGAUGAGGAUGUGCCGAGAGGUCAUUGGCGCAUGGGCAAGGUGACGCAGACGUUUCCGAGCAAGGACGGUUUGGUGAGAAAGGUGUCCCUGAGAACUGGUGGCACGGUUUUGACGCGGCCGGUGCAUAAGCUGAUAGUCCUGCUGCCGACUGCUGACCGGAGCCUGAGCUAGAUUGCGAUCGUCUGGAGCCGACUGCGGCUCAGACCUGAGUUACUGAGUGUUGUCGCGGCGCGGUGAUAAUUAAGUGUUUUAUUCGGUGUUUAGUGUUAAGUGAUGAGUGUUAGGUGUCCUCAACCAUGUCGGUUGAGCGGGGGCAGUGUUGGCGCCGUUGGCGCCUGGCGAUGGUAACUUUUAGUUGUCUGGGCGCUUGACAGAUGGCGGUGUGAUUUUCGGUUGUCCAUUUGCUAUCGAUUUAUUGAUAUGUUUAUUUUUUGAUUUGGUGCCUUGUGUCUUUUGGUUUAUUUUAGGUAUCGAUUUGUAAUUUAGUUUUGUAUUGUGAUCCGCGGUCAUAAGUUAUUUGGAUUUGUUCGAUUUACUGACCGUGACCUCUACGGUCACGUGACCCGGCGCCGGCUGACCUGCCACGUCACCUUCUGGGUCAGUGGAGGGGCGGCCGGCGGGGCAGCGCCCAUUCUUGGUUGGCCUGUCGCGGCGGCGUUAGCGUGCCGCGCAUCGGUUUGGUUUGGUCGUGUUUGGCUUGGUUCGGCCGUUCGACGUGAGUGCACAAGGGCGCACCGUGUAGAAACCGCUACGCUUUGUUCCGUUCUGUUUGCUGCUCUACGAGCAAUAUAUGGUCAGCACAGGCGGA